GUUUCCAACGUCAACUUUUGACGUUUACAAUAAUUUAUAAAUGGUGGCACUUUUUGUAUUAAGUGCAAAUUAUUGUGAAAAUGGCUAGUGUCGGUUUUAGAUGGCUAGAUAUUUUAGAAAAAGAAUUUGAUAAAGCCUUCGUCGACUUAGAUCUAAGCAUCAGUGAAUUGGAAUCCGAGGAACCUAACCUGGUCUUCAAUGUUCGUCAGAAGCUAUGCACUUUAAGUUCUUGCUUUGCACAACUUACACAUAAGGCACAAACCAUUUUUCAGAACAGUGCAAAAGUAGAGGCUGAGUUAAUUCAUAUGCGAGCUGAGUUAACGGACUCUAAAUCAAAGAGAGAAGUAUUAGAAAACGAAUUACAUCACCUGCUACUCCAACUACACUCUUCACAACUUUCAAGGCUUCCUGACAGUUUAGGCAACAAAAGACACGAUCAGUAUAUCAAACCGGAAGUUAAUGUUAUUAAACAAAAAUUAGAAGCAGAAAUUAGACAGAGUCCACUUCGUGGAGCUGGAAGUAAAGACCAUGAAGAAUUGAAAAUAAAUCCAACUUUAUUAGAGCCUGCGCAGUACAAAGCAAACAUAAUGCAGUUACAGUCAGAAAAUGCCACGUUGAGAAAUGAGAUUUUGGCGUUAACUAGUGAAGUUUAUGGUGCUAAAUUAGCCUCAAAAUAUUUGGACAAAGAGUUGGCUGGAAGAAUACAACAAUUGCAACUAUUAGGUAGAGAAAUGCGAGGUGAUAUAAGAGAUAAAUUAUGGAGGCAACUUGAAUCAGAAAUUUUACUACAACGACACAAAACUGUCGUACGUGCCUGUAGACGAAACAGUACGUUAAAUGGUUCGGAGAAGGGCAUGAAACCUGAAGCAGAAUCCAAUACUGAAGCUACCGAACAUUUUGGUGAUGUUAGGACUGUUGCAGUUAAAAGAAAACCCGAUCAGGGCUUAGGUAUUAGUAUUACGGGUGGUAGAGAACAUGGAGUUCCGAUUUUAAUCUCAGAAUUAGAACCCAAUGGACCAGCUGCUUUAUCCGAACAGUUAUAUAUUGGAGAUGCCAUAUUGUUUGUAAAUGAUAUAGAUUUGAGAAAUUCUUGCCAUAGGGAAGCAGUUAAUAUUCUCCAACAACAACAAGGUGAUUGUACAUUACAAGUUCAGUAUAUAGCAGCAGAUGACAGUGAUAAUUCGUUAGAAGAAGAUGGUUUCAAUUUUAGAUUUUUCGAGGAAAGCGUUUGUGAUGCCAACAAUGCAACUAAUUAUAAAUCGACUGAUGAUAUGAUAAAUACACCUACAGCUCCUCGAACGCCAGAAUCUAGUUCUGGCAGUAGGUCACCUCAUCACAUUAUUCGGAGUCCCGUUCAAAUAAUCCCGAGUAUUAAUAACGAGCAAAGGCAAAUACCGAACUUUCCUUGUAUUUUCGACAACACAAAAAAUGAUAAUGGAAACGUGAAAGAAUUUUCAAAUACGAACAAAAGACAUAUAACUACUUUCGAUAUAACUAAAAACAUUUCGAAUAACAAUGAUUCCCCAGAAGCGACUACCAAAAAUAUAACCACCAAUAACGCAUAUAGCGUCGAUACUAACGACUUAGUCUUAAUUGAUAAUGUAACGAAUAACAUUAUCAAAUUAGAAAAUUUUAAGAAAGUCGAUAUAUUAGCGACUCUGGAGAACACCUGCAACACCUCAACAAAUUCCCUCAAUUCGGAAAAUUUAUCUUCGCCGAUGCAGACCAGCACUGAUGUAUAUUUAGACUCUGAAAUUGUUUCAACUGAUUUAGCCUCAAACGAUUCUCAGUCGCCUAAAAACGUACAAGAAUCAUUUAAACCAAAAUUUAACUACGACAAGCAUAUGGUUAAUACCCAAACAGAGAGUUUGGUUAGUAAGUUGAAAAUUUAUGGUUCGAAUGAAUCACUUUCCAACCCGAAGAGUGACCAAAGUUUGUUAAACUCAGAAGAUAGCUGUGGUAGUUCCCCUGUACAUAAAUUGAGUAGAGAAUACAAAAAGCAAAAGAAGCACAAGAAGAAGUAUUUUGGUGUAAAAACGUUACAAAGUAUUUUUAAUAAACACGAUGGUUAUUCUGAUAUUUCUACUACCGCUUCCGAAUUCGGUGACGAUCCUCCCCAACUGGAAUUAAAGGAAACCGAUAUAGUUGCCCCAGCAAAUCAUUCAAAAUACAGUGACAUUAGUCCACAGUUUGAGGAAAAUAUACAUAGUCUGUUAUCCGAUAUUUUUGUGAAACAUUUCCCUGUGGUAGGCUCGGAGCAAAAUGCUACAUUAAACUUAAAUAAGAGCGUCGGCACGAAAAAGUAUUUUUCGCUGCACGGGCAGAACCUGAGAGUUGGAAAAGCGCUUCGACUGUGUCCCAAUGAAGAAUUUACAGAAAACGAUAGUGAACAAAGGAAAGAGAAACUCUUGGCGAGAUAUGUUUAUAACGCGAAUUCUAGUGCUGAUGGAAUUGGUGAUCCAGAUUUUGGAACACCCGUUUGAGGAAAUAGAGCGUUUUAGGUACAUAAUUUAAAUU